AUGCCGAGUCAAGAUCAAGUGCUUGCUGGCGUUGUGGAGAUCGAGUGCCCCAGUGAUCGCGCGAUCGAUAAACUUGAAAUUCGGUUGUGUGGUAUGCAAAAGAUUGCAAUCCCAGAGAAAGUAAAUGAAAAAUCGAAUCAAGGACCAUUAUCUGUACGGUACGAGGAUCAUGUCGUCCUCGACCGCACGCUCACUUACACAUCAGAGAAUCUGCCGACACAUUCCGCACGCACAGCGCGAGGACAUGCACCAUUCCUCUCACGCAUCACAGAGACGGAUUCAGAUACGGCGAUUUUUCUUGAGCGAGGUGUCCAUGACUUUGAAUUCCAUUUUAUUAUUCCUGCUUGGUGCCCGCCUUUUGAGCGCUGUCGCUAUGCGCACACGCAUUACACAAUCACAGCGAUGGUGGAUGGUGCAGGGUUAGGACGUCUUGGAGCCCCUGUAAGCGCUAGUCGAGAAGUCGUGCUUGUGCAGCAGCAAACUUUAGACAAUGGACCCCUGCAGCUAGAUAUGCUGUAUGAUGACGUUCAUCCAGCAUUAGGUUACAUGACCAUCGCGGUGACAAGUGCGUCGCUAACGGUGGGUGGUAUUGUGCACUUAUAUGUUGUACAUCCUAAUCCACCGCCCAAUCUGAAUGUGCUUGCCAUCAAUGUUAUCAUUGAACAAAAAUACGAGUUGUACAACAAAGCGACAGGUGAAUGGAUGCCUGUUCCAACGGAUACACUGCGUGUGUGGGACCUUGGAAUUCCAGCGCCACGAACGCGCGAAAUGAACAAUGCGAAACACUGGGCACAGGGCCUACUCACGGCCGAAGGUGUUCAGCAAGGGACAGCAUCGCGGAUAGGCAUGAUCGGCAGAGCAGCACGAAGUUUUCUUACGCCGAUGGAUGCCCAAGCUCAAGAGGGUAUUACUGAUUUGCAUGGGUACCAAAUCAAGACGGUUCUUCGUCUGCCAAAUGACCGGAAACUUCGCCCAUCAACAAUGCAAGGUACACGUACAAAUAUUCGUAUUUCCCAUGAACUUGGUGUGGAUGUUUUGUUCUCUCUCACGGACAAUUUGGAGGAUCGAAAGAACAAUGAGAUGUAUGGCUUACCAAAGACGCAGGUGUUUUCUAUGGUCAAGAAAGUGCGUAUUCCUUCGUGUGAGUGCACAUUUGACGCUAUUCACUUGCCACCAUAUUCGGAAGAGUCGCCAUCUAUCGCCACGGAAGGAACAACACUCUCUCGUUCUUCAUCAUCACAUUCGCUUCUUUGCCCACCAGCCACUAUUCAGCGCUCGAUGUCUUCUGCAUCUCGCUCAUCGUCCACUCAUUCGAUGCUGCAGCCGCCAACGCCUUUUUUUAAGCAGCAUCGACAGCACGGGCCCUUAGAUAAUGACUGGUCUCGACUUAUGAGCUCGUUGACUUCCCUCUCGACGCGUUCGCAUGCACCUUCGCGCAAUGCUAGUCUUGAAUCGUCGCCAACACGGCCAAAUUUUUUCUCAAGGAAUUCGUCUAGCAACGCUUCUCGUGUGCCUUCACCUCCGCUAGAUUCAUCAUCCGGCUACAGCACGCCUGUGGUGCCGGUGCUUCGACCGAAUGAUACUUGCUUGCAGAGUACACAAGCUGAUUCGCAACUGCAACACACACGCUCGCUUUCAUCAACUGACCGCUCAGCACCAAGAGCGCUGCUCGCCGGCUCGCCAUGGGCCGUGUCACAUCUACCUCCGCGCACUGGCGAGAGUCAUGACACUUGCAAUUGUGGACUGCAAACGGAAGAGCUGAUCGAGGCAGAAGAGCGCCUGCUGGAAGGAGCUCCCACUGCACCCGGUGCAUGGAUCCAGCGGGUGAAGGUGAAUGAGGCGCUUCCUCCUUGGACGCCGAGCACAAGGCCAAAAUCGCCCACGCACAACUGGUAUGAGACGUAUAUGCAUGGGAAGACACCUUUCUCGAACAAAAGUGAGUCGUCAAUGGCCAGUCAACGCAGUGCUUCGACGCCUAUGUAA